GGGGGACCGGGCGGCGGCGCGGCUGUGGCGGCGGCUGGCUGGAUGCGAGACCUGCGCGGACCGGGCGGCGGCGGCGGCGGCGGCGGCGGCGGCCGGCGGCUCCCGACUCGGGGAAGCCGAUCGCGGAGGGGACGAGCCCGAACGCGCUGGCCAUGGCCUCCAACUUUAACGACAUAGUCAAGCAGGGCUACGUGAAAAUCCGCAGCAGGAAGCUGGGGAUUUUCAGACGAUGCUGGUUGGUUUUCAAGAAAGCUUCUAGUAAAGGACCCAGAAGGCUGGAGAAAUUUCCAGAUGAAAAGGCAGCGUAUUUCAGAAACUUCCAUAAGGUAACUGAACUGCACAACAUCAAAAAUAUAACCAGACUGCCUCGAGAGACAAAGAAGCAUGCAGUAGCAAUUAUCUUUCAUGAUGAAACGUCAAAGACAUUUGCCUGUGAGUCAGAGCUGGAGGCUGAAGAAUGGUGCAAACAUCUCUGCAUGGAGUGUCUGGGGACACGGCUGAACGACAUCAGCCUUGGGGAGCCCGACCUUCUGGCAGCUGGAGUACAGAGAGAGCAGAAUGAGAGAUUCAAUGUAUACCUUAUGCCUACACCAAAUCUGGAUAUUUAUGGCGAAUGCACAAUGCAGAUCACUCAUGAGAAUAUCUAUCUCUGGGAUAUCCACAAUGCCAAGGUCAAACUGGUGAUGUGGCCUCUCAGCUCACUGAGGAGAUAUGGACGGGACUCAACGUGGUUCACCUUUGAGUCAGGAAGAAUGUGUGACACAGGAGAAGGACUAUUCACUUUUCAAACAAGGGAAGGAGAAAUGAUCUAUCAGAAGGUCCAUUCUGCGACACUGGCCAUAGCUGAGCAGCAUGAAAGAUUAAUGCUAGAAAUGGAACAGAAAGCCCGGCUUCAGACAAGCUUGACUGAGCCAAUGACGUUAUCCAAAUCGAUAUCUCUUCCUCGUAGCGCCUACUGGCAUCACAUCACCCGUCAGAACAGUGUUGGAGAAAUCUACAGUUUGCAAGGUCACGGCUUUGGUUCGUCCAAGAUGUCGCGCGCACAGACGUUUCCCAGCUACGCCUCGGAGCAGAGCGAAGAGACACAGCAGUCUUUGUCCCGGUCGAGCAGCUACGGGUUCAGCUACAGCUCCAGCCUCAUUCAAUGACACUCAGAGAGCCUGCUGACCAGAGACACAGUCUGUCCGGACCUGCUUGCAGGGUCACUGCACCCUCUGCCUCCUGGAAGACCGAUCGCAGUAACAUUGACAUGGGCCGGGUGUAGCCCAAUCCCAGUGGAAGGUUAAACACUGGAGUUCUGCUUCCUUGACUCUGUGGCUAAGUCCUUUAUUUAUUGAAUUUCUUGGUGGGGGGGUUCCGGGGGGGGGAUCUAUGUUUUACAAAAAUAGAAUCCAAAUCGUCCUUUAAAUAAAAUUCCUGGUUCUGGCAGUAGCAGAAGCCUGGGCACCAUGAGAAGUUGCCCACACUGGGUUGUACCUGGGUGGUGGGCAUUACCCCUGUCCUCAUGGCUCAGCCCUCCCACCUGAUGACAGGAUCUGUCCCUAGACAUAAUGUCACCCACCACAAGCUACGUGGCUUGGAAGGUUUUGAUGGGGACAAAUCCAGCAAGGUCUACUAAUGGCAUCAUAACUCUCCAUAUAAAUAAGCCCGGUGACAAUUAAGGGAAAAUGAGAUUUAGAACACACUGUUAAGCAGGGCCUUGUAGCUCUACUCUGUGUGUGUGUGUGUGUGUGUGUGCAUCUGUAGACAAACAUAGAUAUGGAUAUGGCUAUAUCCAUGUAUAUCUAACAAGUAUAUAUCAAAUGUGUGCUGAGGGUGACAGGAUAUGCUCACUUACAUUGUUGAAAACUGUAAUUUGGUGCAUUAAAAUUAAGAUUGUUAUGUUGAAUAGCUAUUUUUAAAAUAGUGCUGUAAAAAAAAGGCUUUUUAUUAGCAAAAGUAUUUACGUAGUCAAGUCUGCUCCUGUGACAAGUAUAAACGGAUAUGUGAGAAGGAGGGACCCUGGAACACAAAGGAAGCAGUCUAGCUGUCCCACAUGCCAUGUUACCACGCUGUCUUUCUGCCUCGUACUCCCUUGUUGUUGACGAUGUUUCUCUCUCUGGCCAUCCCUCUGAACUACGUGAGAAGGAUUGGGUGUGAUCACCUACUGGCCUCCAUUUAAUCUCAAGGAAAAGAAAGACUCUGAGAAACUUUUUUCAAGGAAGGGGAAAAAAAAAAAAAAAAUAUAUAUAUAUAUAUAUAUAUAUAUACACACACCUAAAAAGAACUCAGCUAGUUUGCAGUCAGAAGAACAAUGGGCACAGGAUUAUAGAUAUCAAUUAUUUAAAAUUUUAUAGAUGCUGUUCUCAAAGAGCCAUUGGUCCCUUGUAAUGUGCUAUGUCAGCAGAAUUUGCUAGGCUUUACUUUCUUUUUAAUGGACAUGGGUUGGCUGGGAUUAUAAGAGAAAAUGGAGCAAAUAUAAUUUUUUUUUCAUCUCUGACAUUAAUGACAAACCUACAAGGUUUAAAGGGAACUGAAGAAUUUGGCUAAUUUAAUUAGUGUCAACAAAGAUACUUUGCCCUUAAUUUUGAAGUUCACUCGAGUAAAAAUAAAACUUAUCCUACCUAGAAGUAUCUGAUGCCACAUGCCUAAAUGGUCAGCUUGUAAAUAUUCCAAGGCAAGUUUAAAGAAUAGUGAGCCCAGAUCAUGUAAGAUAAAAACUUCAUUUUUUUUCCUAAUGGCAAAAUUCUUUAAACUGUUAAAGUUGGUCUUUUGAAGGGGUACUUGUUUUGCUGAUCUGUAAUAAGACUUUCUUUUUUUUUUAAUCUCUCUCCGUAGCUUGAGUGCCUAUUGACAACCUAUUUCAGAGAAUGACUAUUGAAUAGAAAUGGUUCUAGGUCCCUCCUAGAUAAAUUUACACCUAGAGCAACUACCUAGACUCUGAAUCUCUCAGAUAAGUAUGAAAACCCCAUCAAGAUGCUAAUCGUAAGAGUUAAUGUGGCUGUGAAAAAUAAUUAUCUUAAGCUUUCAGGGAUAAAAAGAAAGUUACUCAAACUCUCUGCACCAUGAAUUUUGCUGACCCAGCAGAAAAGCAGAUGACUGGUUCCUCAUGCUGGUGAUACAGCCUUCCCUAAAAUCCCAGCUUUCGGGGUUAAGCGCCUCCGAAUCACUUAGCACAUGGCAUUUGCUUCUGAAAUGCCCUUAGUAAAACACACCAGAGCAACUCCCCGCUGAGACCAUUUGAGCACAGCUCCUAGUGGUGCCACAUUCAGAGCAAGCCUCUCGCCCGCUCACUCAGUUGAGCUGUUGCUUAGAGACCACAGUCACUACAUGAGACUUGUGGGGAAAGGCCCUCUGGGGUCCUGGUUCAUAUCUCAGCUUCAUUCAUGUGCAAGAAGCACAGACAGGGAGUCCGGGGGUGGGGGGGAUUCUGCUAAUCAGAUGAGUCUGCUCUUGUGUCUAUUUGGUGGAAGACACAAUACCUGCAUGGAAUUGCUUCGAGAACACCAUUUCCUUGGGAUCGUUACCAGUGAGCUUAACUGAGGAGAUACCAAAGAUCAGGCUCAUCUUGGGCCAGUGCAUUCUGAAAAUAAUGUCAUCAAAAGCAUGUGUGAGAGAAAUCUUCUUCCCAAGCCUUUAACCCAAUCGUAUCACAAUGAGAAUAAUGCUAUAAAGUCUCUCACGGUACAUUUCUGGAGAUUUAUUCUAGCAUCUGUACUCCUCCAUCUAUACUUUUAUAAUCAUAGCUAAGUUAAAAUUGCUAAAUGAACAGAGAGGAGAAUUUAUGUUAGCCUACUGUUCUUGACAUAUGGCAGUGUGCAUUGUAAUAAAAAUGACAAGCAGAUAAAUCCUCUACAAAAACCAAAGAUGAAAGAAAAGUUACUGUACCAUUCUCCUCUCCUGGAACUUCAUGAAGCCAAUUUCACGGGAGCAAUUACAAUGGUCGUCAACAUGUAUUCGACUCACUUGAGCUCACAGGUUUUUGACUGAAGAGGCCUCUCUACUUUGUGAGUCAUUUUUCUCCCUUCAGAAAUUGUAUUAUACCUCUCCUGUAAUUGGGGUUGCUAUGAACCAAAGACAUCCUUUGGCUCUUUCUGAGAGCGACCCCACUGGGGUUCCAACCAGACUUAGGCACAUGAAUGAAGACGAUCACAGUUUCCGUAUUAGGUUGGAAGAGACCAGUGGUGAAGGAACUUGACACGAGUGAUAGAGGCUCUUCUGAGAGCAGAGAAAGCCCGGAGGGUCCACACGGCUCAUGGAAAGAUGACACAGGGGGAUUCAGUUUUUAUGUCCCCGAAUUUUCUCCUGAAAAUCUUAAUUACUGCACCCAUUGUAUUUAAAGUGUGGCAAAGUGUAAAAUAACCUUGACCCAAUAGUUGACCACACUGGUGGGGGGACGGGAGUGGGAAACACAUCUUUCACUUAUUCAUCGAAUGAGUAAUAGGCACUCAGAACUAAGUUAUUUAUGCAGGUUGCAAAUACUUAUGAAUCAAUAAGUUCUGGCCACUGCCACAAUUUGAACUUAAAGAAAUAAGAAAUGUAUAUUUACUUAUGUACUAGGGAAGAUGCUGUUUGAUAGAGCAUGUGAAAUAAAGUGAAACAUUUAUAAAAAAUAAACCUCACUUUUUUUCACCAAGUAGUAACUAGAGUACUAAUCCUAGUAGCUUGUACAAUUUUUCUCUGUCUUCGUUGGGCAAUUAUGUUUGAAAAUCAUUUAUCACCUAUAAAGUGGUCAACCACUAAUACUUUCUGUCCAAUAUAGAAGCAGUGGACUGAUAAAUAAUGUUACACUGUUAAUACUUUUUACAGAUCCAAUUUAUUUAUUGCAUGUGGUAUCUUUAGAGUAGAUAUUAAAAACACAUCAUAAAAAUUGAUGUCUGCCCCUCAUUCUUUGGCCAAUAUCUCAGAAAACUUUGUAAAAAAGCAUGAGUACCCUACUCCCUAGAUGAUUUGAGUCACUUACUAAAAUCAACCAUUAAUGCUAUGUGAAAACAAGCUAAGCAAAUUAUAUUCUUAUAAAAAAUUGUAGUCCUGUUUUGAUGAUUAUAACACAGCACAAUAAAAGGGCAAUAUACAAUCAGUGGGGCUGAGCUUUAGGCCUUGAACACGUUAGGUCUUAAAUAUUAUACUUAAAACUGCUCAAAGUGAAAAUGAUACAUUUUUCUCCAAUUCUAUUAACAUUUGUCGAUCGAUAUCUUGCAAUGUCAAAUUACUUUAUCAAUCACUAACUGUACGUUACUAUCCCCCAACCUUGGUCUUCUCCAAAUAGAUACAAAUCGGUCACUAGAUUUGCAGUAAUAAUUAUAAUACCAGGUGAUGUGCCACAUGGAUGAAUUCCUAGCCUAUGAAAUGUAUAGAGUGCAAUUUCCCAUGAAGGGGGAAGUGGAGGACAGGACCAGUUUAGGAGGGCAGCAAUUUAGAUAAAAUUAUAAAGACUCCAAUGAAAUGUCCAAAGCAACACUAAGACUCUACUCUCUGAACAUUCUAACCCCGGUUCCAUACCACAGACUUGGCCUUCUUUGACUAGCUUCACCCAGUACUGAGCAUGCAAUUGAAAGAGGACAUCAGUUGCACCAUGUUUGAAGUGACCACAGAAAGACAGCGUAUAACCUCCAACUAUGCUUCCUCAGGUUUAGUGAAAAUUAUUGAACAUGAAAGAAUGCAUAACAAAAUCCUCACACUGAGAUGUCUCUUCAGUAGCCUGAGGAUCGUUUUUGUAUGGCCAACAUCAUUAGAGUUUCCAAAUGAAAGUAUGUUAUCAGUGACACUGGCUGGGGGCUAAAUAUGUCUGAGGAGAGCAACAUGUGUGCAUUCCCCAUGAAUGUGUUUGAAAGAUUAACCCACCUUUUUCUCCCUGAAACUACCACAGAUCCUUUCUGGCUUGAGAAUGUGAACCUUUGGUGUAUCAUUUCUACAAUUAUUACAACUUGUUGAGGCAGUAGCUAGUUUACAGACUCUCAAGGAAGUAUCAUGAGAUGUUGGGCACAUUUUCUAGAUGGGCAGGAUGCUAGCUGGUUUCUGGAAUCAAUCAUGUAGAAUAAAGGUCCCAGUUUACGCUCUACUCAGGAGGAAACCUGGAUGUUGUCACUUAUUCAAAGGCAAAGAAACAGGAGUAGUUUUGCCCACUUCCGGGCUCCUGGUCCAGCACUGUUUCCUUGUCUCUAUCUUGUCUCCCGUUUAGACAUAGCAGGAGUUGAGAAAUGCCACAUGGCCUCUAAAUAAAUAGGCCCUGGAACAUUAAAGUGUCUCCUCAAUUGUUUCAGACGUUCCUAACCCUUCUUGGACUCAUCACCAACAAUGUCAAUAGAGAGGCUUUAUGAGGCAAAUCAUUAGUCUUGUAGGUCAUGAAUGAUUGGUAUAAAUUCUAUGACUCUUACAUUGUCACCCAGUUCUUGUUGGAGAUUCAAACUUAUUUAUUCUAAAGUGAUAGUCAAAGUAAAAAAAUAAAUUAAUUAAGUGUAUAUGUUUUGUAUUCCUACUAAUUCAUCAUAUUGUAAUCGUGAUUAUUAUUUCGGGGAUCUUUAUCUCUCUGUAGCACUUUGGCUUAAUUAUUUAUGGCAUUUGUCACAAUGUUGUUAGAUAACAUCGGGGAUACAUUUUGUUUCAUGUGAACUUCAAAAAUCUUCCAUUCGCAACUGAAGUUGGAAAAUGACUCUUUUUAUAAUAAAAUAGCUUGCAUAUCAAGUUUUUCUUUAUACACUUCAUUAGACAACUAUUUAACUGAAGUCUAGAGAAAUGAGAACUAGGUUAAAAUUACUAAGUAAUAUGAAAACCACACUUUACUCAUGAUUUUCAUACACUUUUCCCUAGUUUGAGAUUUUAAUAUCUUGUAAGCAUUUAAAGGCGAGGGAAAGUACAUCUGUAAUAGAAAUAUUACAGCUUCCUUCUAAUAAUUCUGUUUAAUAAGUUUGUAUUUUACCUUCUCUUCUAUGCCUACGACACUAUAUCCCCAUUCUAAUUUUAAAAACAAUGAAUAAACUUAAAUUUUUUAAUAGUUAUUUGGGGCUAGUUUUAGUUGUUGAUACAAUGAACUUUUUCCAUCUGUUCUUUGCUUUUAGGAUGAUUUUCCACUUAAAGAGAGCAUAAAACCAGCCCUUUUUGUGUGCACAGAAUCGUGCACAGUAGGGCAAGGAUCUACCCUGACCUGGCAGUUGUGUGCACAUUGGGAUCGGAUUGCUUCCCUAAUACCCUCAAGAUCCACAACCUCUUAAGACUUGCUUAUUUUGGGGAAUCUGAAAUUUAAAAGUCUAAAUUCACUAAAAUAAGGUGAAUUGAGAUGAUGACUCAAUUAUUUUCUUUCAAAAGUCGCUGCAGACUUUCUCUCAAAGAAAACAACGUGAGAGGGCUCCUGGGGUGUUUCAGUAUCGUUAACUGUCUGCCAAGUGGACUGAAAGGCAAGGGACGUGAAGAAUAAAAUGACAACAGCAUCUUGAUGUUAAAUAUAAAUCAAAAAUUAGCAUGAUAUAGGUCAAUAUGAAAUAAUUUGGUUAAUCAAAUUCAGAUUUACAUAUCUAUUGUGUAAUUCAAAGAACAAUGCUUAUUAUUAUCAGCAGGUUCAGUGGGAAGAAGGCUCUAAAUUUUUGUGAAGACCUGAAGUAGAGAAUAUGGAUUCUUUCCAGUUAUAAUGCACUCUAUAUUAUUUUGGUAACAGCGGGCAGUAUAUAAAUCACAACAACGAGUCCACCUACUCCCUGACAAUAAAUGAGCGUAAAGGCCAGUAUCAUCCUUACUACACAAAACAGAACUCCCAGGACCUGCAGAGGCCCCUUGGACCUUCUCCACACAAACCCUAACACGCACACACACACACACACACACGCGCACACACACACACACAUACACACACAGGCACUUUUUUUACUUUUGACCUACUCUACAUGUGCCACACUUGUUAUAUUUUUCCUGGGUCCACCCAGAAUUAUCCCAUCUUUUGAAAUCCUUAUCCUUAUGAAUCUUCACAAUAUAUUAAAUUAUGUGUUAUAUGUUUUCUUUCUAUAAAUUCUUUUAAAUUAACAUACUGUGUGAGGUCUUAUACUGUAAAGAGAUGUCAUUUGUCAUUGAUUAAAUAUAAUGUUUAUGAUUAUUUUGAUAAAAAAAUAACUUUGGACUCUUAGGCCCUUGUUAAGGAAUAAAAUAUCCAUUACAAAUUUGCUUCUAUUGGAAAUUAUAUGAGUUGGCAUACCUUAUUUUUGGUCGCAAUUUAUUCCAGAUAAAUAAUAGGUUGGGGGCGUCUGUACUUAAAUACUAGUUGAGCCACCUUUGGAACAGAAUGCAAAGGAAUAGCUGUCCCUGAAACCUAAAUGUGAAUUUCUGGCAGAACAUAAAAUGUUACAAUAAUGAGGCAAUAAUAAAAUUAGGAAAUUACAUUA